AUGAAGCUUAAGGAGUUGAAGAGGACGGUAAACCCAUGCUGGUCGCCAUGCGAACAGUAUCCUGUGAUGCUAGCUACCGGCUCAGCGGCGCAGCAGGUUGAUGCUUCAUUUAGUUCCACAUCAUUGUUGGAACUAUACGGCCUCAACUUAGAGGAUCCUGGACUAGAUCUAGAAUUGAAAUCUAGCGUAGAGACGCAGCAUAAGUUUCAGAAGUUAGUGUGGUCCGGAGCUGGUGUUAUAGUUGGUGGCUGUGAUGGAGGCCUCCUGGAGUUCUACAGCGCUGACAAAUUGUUAAAAAAUGCUAGUGAUGCUCUACUAGGAAGUAGCACAAAGCAUAAUGGUCAUGUUUCCGCACUGGAUAUUAACCCUUACCAGAAGAAUCUUUUAGCUUCCGGUGCAUCUGAUAGUGAGAUCUUUAUCUGGGAUCUGAACAAUACCACACAGCCAAUGGCGCCUGGCAACCGAAGUCAGCCUCAUGAUCAUGUGCAAGGCUUAGCAUGGAAUCAACAAGUUCAACACAUUUUGGGUUCAACAUUUGCCACAAGAUGUGUUGUUUGGGAUUUGAGGAAGAAUGAACCAAUUAUGAAGUUAAGUGACUCGCAAUCUCGCACGCGUUGGCGCGCACUCGCUUGGCAUCCAUCUGUGGCGACGCAACUAUGCAUCGCUUCCGAGGACGAUCUAUCACCAGUUAUACAACUCUGGGACUUGAGGUUAGCGGCAUCGCCAUUAGCUACGUUGGAGGGUCACAACAAGGGUGUAUUAAGUGUAUCGUGGAGUCCCCACGAUGCUACUCUAUUACUAUCCGGUGGCAAAGAUGGAAGAGUACUUUGCUGGGAGCCCGAUCACACUGCACCGGGCCGGGCUCCAAUAGAGGUGUGGUCACAGCCUCAGUGGGUUUACGAAGUGUCUUGGAGUGGACGCGUACCAGGACUACUCGCCGCUGCUUCCUUCGAUCAACAACUAGCUGUUCAUACGCUGUUAGCUUCCUCAAUACCUGAACAGUCUAGUCAAUCAGCGCGCAGUAUAAUGGAUUCAUUCGGUGGUGCGGAAUCGUUCAACCAACUACCAGAAGUAAGGGCGGCGCCCCCCGCACCCCGCGCCCCCGCUCCCCAGCCUCCGAAAGCCCCCGCGUGGCUGAGACGACCCGUCGCUGCCAAACUAUCGUUUGGUGGCAAAUUGUUAACAUUUGAAAAAUGCCCACCAGAAGCUGGAUCACAGAGACUUGUUUAUAUCAGCCAGGUAGUAAGUGAACCAGAAUUAGUAGAACGAGCGGCACAAUUGGACUCUGUGUUAGGUUCUAGUCUCAGCAACGAUCCUAACGCAUCAGAACAACUUGCUGAAUACUGUCGGCAGCGUGGCGACGCGACGUCUGAUCAGAGCGAGCGCUACACAUGGUUCUUCCUGCGCGCAAACUUCCUUCCCUCAUUCCGGACAGAGGUGCUCAACUUGCUCGGUUUUAAACAAGAUGAUAUUCCUUCUAAAUUCAAGAAUUCAGUAUCAGCGGGUGAUCACGCGCAGCCUGAUUUAGCUGCGUUAAGUCGGGGUGAAUCAACUGAGACCGAGGCGGAGCUUUCUACUGAUACCAGUACGGAUCUCUCGGAUGCGCACACGUUGAUUGAAAGAAAACUUGCGAAUGUCGAUAUAGGAGGUCCCACAGUGUCAAAUGUUGUUAUACCCAAUGGUGAAGAUCCAACAAGUAUGAUAUGUCGAGCGUUAGUUUGUGGUAAUUUAGAAGAAGCUGUGGAAUUGUGUUUAGAAGCGAAGCGGGUCGCCGACGCCCUCGUAAUAGCUUCAUUAGGCAGUCAAGAUCUGUUGUACAGAGUGCAGAAGUAUCAUUUGCGACAGAGUGGGAAGGAUCCAGUGUCACUGGUUGCCGGUAGUCUGCUGCAAAGUCGCUGGGAUACAUUCGUACAAGCCGCUGCACCUAGCAGCUGGCGGCAUACACUCGCUGCACUCGUCACUCAUACAGAUGCCGAUACACUUGCUCACUGCUGCGAAAUGCUGGGCGACAAGUUGUCUUCGGAAUCAGAUUCUUCGUUACAAGAGGCAGCAUCGAUCUGUUACCUGUGUUCUAUGAGCGCGGACAGGUUGGUUUCGAGAUGGGCGCGGGUGGGGAGAGACGCCGCCUCAUUGGCUGCAUUGACUGAACGCGCUUUAUUAGCUAGGAGAGCGGCUGCUGCUAGAGGGCGACACUUGCAGGAGGGUAGUAAACUAGACGCGGUAUUGAAUGAGUACGCGUACCGUCUCGCCGCUCAGGGCUGUCUGCAGAGCGCGCUCAACUCAUUGGAAGGAUCGGCACAUUCUGAACUGCGACAACGGCUUGCGACAGCUCUGGGUCUGUUGCAGGAACAGCGGCAGCAACCGCAAGUUAGUCAAUUCAACCGUAACAGGACGUUCAGUGCGCAGUCUAACAAACGCGGCUCCGUUCCUCACACAGACAAUACAUAUAAUACAAUGCCUAAACCAUAUGAACAAAAACCAUGGCAACAAUCAUCAGUGCCAGCGGCUAGUACGUUCCCGCCACAGAACAGUUUCACGUCGCCGUUACAACCAUUACAAUCUCAGCCGUUACAACCUCAGCCGCUACAACCUCAGCCAUUACAACCUCAACCGCUACAACCUCAACCGCUACAACCUCCGCCACGACCAGGAAGUGUGGGUCCACAAUCGGGUGGUCUGACGAGUCGGUCUAAGUAUAAGGUGGAUCCGUCUGUAGCUUCCGCACCCCUUUACAACCAGUACAACUUCAACAACCAAUCGCAAUCGUAUGGAUACAACAGUCCGCUGCCCGAUCAGUACAAUUCGUCGAGUGUACCGAAUCCUAGCUUCACACCUGUCAACAAUAACUUGAAUACUAUGAAUCCGAUGAAUCCAAUGAACUCGGUAAAUGCUGCACCAUCGAACCCGGUGAAUCUAUUGAACCCCGGGCCAUUGAAUCCCGCUAACCAAGUGAACUCCGCUAUGAACGGCGGUUACUACGGUCAGGCGCCGGAACAAGCGAUUCCGGCCGAGCCGGUGAAACCCGUUGCGCCCGGUUGGAACGACCCACCGAUACUUUCGUCUAAACCUAAGCCCAAACAAGAAGUGCCAGCACAAGCGCCGAUCACCCAUCCCCUGUUUGGCGUAGAACCACCACAGCAUGUGCCUUUGACAGGUCCACAGUACGGACAAUAUCCUGGACAAACUUACCCGGGCCAACAAAUGCCCGGACAGUAUCCACCCCAGGGGAUGAACCAGCAAUACCCGCAGCAGCAGUACCCGGAUCAGAUGAAUCAGGCGUAUCAGCAACAAGGACGGGAGAGUCCAGCAGUGGCAGCGCCGCCGCCGGUAGUGAAAAAACCGAUUCCAGAGCAAUACUCGGCAAUGGUGAACGUCUUUGAGUAUCUGAGGAAUGAAUGCCAGAACAGGGCGACGCAACCGCAAAUGAAGAGGAAAUUAGAAGAUUUACAGAGAAAAUUGGAAUCAUUAUACGAUUUAUUACGAGAGAAUAGGCUAUCAGAGACCGCGUUAUCGACGCUACAGUCGUGCGCGAUGUUAGCUUCUCGCGGCGACACUGGUGGCGCCACAGCGGCGGCUAGCAGUCUUGCAGCGGGCGCUGAAUUCGCUGCCGUUGCUAGUUUCUUACCCGCACUCAAAGGAUUAUUGCAACUGGCCGGACAGAUGCAGAUCUACGCGCAAUAG